AUGGGGUCAGAGAACUACCCUCUCCGUAACAGUGGUGUCUACCACAAUCUUCCUCAAUUUGAUCCUUCGACCAAGGAUUUGACUGCCAUAAUAACCGGAGCAUGGGGCAUUUCGGGCUUCGGAACUCUUUGCGCCCUCCUGGAUUCGCCCCACCGCUGGUCGAAAAUCUAUACCAUCUCAAGAAGUCCUCCGCCGAAACCGAUGCUGAAGCUGCUCCCAGUGGAGCUAUGCUCCCGCAUUCAACAUGUUGCGUGCGACUUUGUUUCAGCUACGCCAGAGCAAAUUGCCUCGACCCUGAAGGACGCCGGAGUAACGGCGGAUUAUAUCUUCUACUACUCGUAUUCUCAGCCACGCCCUGACCCCGGGGCUGACGCCUGGUCCAACGAUGAGCAACUCGUCAAGGUCAACGCUAGUAUGCUGUCGAAUUUUCUGCAGGCGUUGUCUCUUACCGAUGUCAAACCAAAACGCUUCCUCUUGCAGACCGGUGGGAAGCACUACGGAGUUCACAUCGGCAGAGCGCGCACUCCGUGUCUCGAGUCGGACCCUCAACCUCGCCAUUUAGCUCCCAAUUUCUACUACGCCCAAGAAGAUAUGCUGUUCGAAUUCUGUGCGAAGAAUGGCAUUGGCUGGAACAGCAGACCUCCUUGGAUCAUAGGCCCGACUACGAGCGCCGCUAUGAACGCAAUCUAUCCGUUCGCGGUGUACGCGGCCGUCGCGGCCGAAAGGGGUUUGCCUUUGGUGUUUAAUGGUACAUGGGAUACGUGGCAAGAUUGUCAGCAUCACGGCACGGCCCUCUUGACCGGAUACCUCAGUGAAUGGGCGGUGUUGGAAGACAAAUGCAAGAACGAGGCUUUCAAUAGCCAGGACACAAGCCCAUUUUCGUGGGAUCGGUUCUGGGAAGAGCUCGUUCGAUGGUUCAACAUCGGGGAAGGAAUAGUUCCCCCGCAGGAGGACGAGGGCAACAUGAUCGAGAUUGCCGUUGGGGGUGCCACAGCGACACCAAUGGGAUACGGCCCACCAGUGCGGACCAAGCUCGCUUUCACCAUGCUAAGCUGGGCUCAAGAUCCGGAGAACGCCAAGGCGUGGAAGGCAAUCAUGGAAAGACACGGUCUAACUCAUGACCCUUUCCAGGAUGUGCAAGGAAACUUCGUCUUUGCUGACGUUCAGUUUAUCAAAGCCGGGCCAGUGGGGAUGAACAAGGCUCGACGGCUCGGCUGGACUGGCUUUGUGGAUACGAUGGAGAGUAUCUUUGAGAUGUACACGAAGAUGAACGAGUUGGGUAUGUUGCCGCCUAUGGAGGUGGACAGGCCGAAAGCUCUGGUGUGA